AUGGCAAUGGUAGCGGGAAAUAUCGGGCUCAAAAUCUCGUGUUCGAUUCAAUUGCGCGUCUUCGUGAUUCCCUGGGUGAGGAAAAACAAUGCAAUUUCGUGUGCAAAAGGGAAGGACUACAGUUCAUCCGCUCCUGUUAAAUAUGUUCCCAAGAAGUUUUCAAAGACAAACAAAACGGAAAAUUUUUUGCCGAUAAAGAGUUUGGAGAGAUACAAAUUACCGAAAGGUGUGGAUGCAAGUGAGUUGAGAAUUGACGUUAGAGAUGGUGGAGGUGUAAAGAGAAGUAUUGCUUUGGAUGAGAAUGUUCUAAAUCAAAGUCAGAUGACUGAGAGCAAUCUGUUAAUUGAUGAUUCUAAGCGAGCAUUUGAAGAAGAAAAUGGUGAUUGGGAGUUUAUAGAGCAUGGACUGAUGGAAGAAACUGAGCAGUUUAUUGAAGAACCCCAGGAGGUAGUGGAGGAGAUGAAAAUCCGUCAAGGAAAAGAUCUUUGUAAACAAGAUGUGUUACAAGGAGGUACAACCAUACAGGACGCCGAGAAUUUGGCAAUCAAAUUACUUGCAACAAGAGCAUUUACAGCAGUUGAGCUUAGAAAGAAACUGAAUGGAAAGAAGUUUCCUCCUAAUAUUGUUGAGGCAGUGAUAACUGAUUUUCAGAGCAGAGGGCUGAUCAACGAUGGCUUGUAUGCCAAAGCAUUUUCACAGUCUGGAUGGUCUACUUCAACCUGGGGACCUAGACGGAUAAAGCAAGCAUUGUUCAACAAGGGAAUAGGUGGAACUGAUGCAGAUAAAGCAGUAAAACUGGUUUUCCAGGAUGCUGAAUCUGAUGGAGAGCAAGAAUCAAAACUUGGCAUGUCAAAGCUUUCAAUGGAUCAAUUUUCUUUUCAGGCCAAGAAGCAAUGGCUUCGAAGUCGGGAUGCACCGAAAGAAACACGUAAAAUAAGGAUUAUUUGUUGGCCUCAGUACCGUGGUUUCAACUGGGGAAUUACUAGUUUCAUAUUGAAGAAGUUAGAAUCCCAGUAUCCUACCUGGAGCACAAUAAACGAAUUCUCUCUGAUCGUGUUGUCGAUGGAAUGA